UCCACAUCAACCCUGGUCUGAACUGAGUAUAUUAUGUAAAACUACUUUUUUUCUAGUAACGUAAAAGUACGGUUUUUCGUUUACUUAUUGGGGGAAAUGUAUAAUGCUAUUCGGUUAUCAGUCCUUCAUGAAUGGGACUGUUCGACAUUUAGCAACUCAUUACAAAAUUAGCUGCUACAGAAUUACUACAAAAUGAAUGUUUUCAAAUGAGUAAAGUUACACGAUCCAGUGGCCUAUAAAGAUCAAGUGACCGCCCCAAAAGAAAGAGGAUCGAAGACCAGUCAGCAAGGACAUUCACUACAGUCGCAUUCAUAGCCUGCUAGCUGUCACAUUCAUUCGAUAGUAAAAUACUUCUCAGUAGGGAUGGAAAUAAGACUCCCAGUGCAUAGCAGUUUGAUCCAUUCCUGGUUUUACUAGAAGCUUAGUAAGACACACCUGAGCUUGUUACCUAUACACUGUGCCUAAUCAAGCUCAAAAUAAAACCUGAGGCCGCAUGGAGUCUAAAAACACAGGCUCUGACAGAGAUGGUGUAUGUGGAUGAAAUAGAUGUGGAUCAAGAGGGAAUAGCAGAAAUGGUGCUGGAUGAGAAUGCGAUUGCUCAGGUUGCACGCCCUGGUACAUCUCUGAAGCUGCCAGGAACAAGCCAGGGAGGAGGUCCAAGUCCAGCUGUCAGACCCAUGACUCAUGCAGGGAGGCCCAUUACUGGGUUUGUCCGGCCAAGCACACAGUCUGGACGACCUGGCACAAUGGAGCAAGCCAUCAAGACUCCGAGGACUGCCCACACUGCCCGGCCAGUCACUAGUGCUUCCGGGAGAUACGUUAGGCUAGGAACGGCAUCCAUGCUUACCCAUCCCGAAGGACCCUUUAUAAACCUGUCUAGAUUGAAUCUGGCAAAAUAUGCACAAAAGCCCAACUUAUCAAAGGCAUUGUUCGAAUACAUCUUCCAUCAUGAGAAUGAUGUUAAAAAUGCCUUGGAUCUUGCAGCCCUUGCUACUGAGCAUGCUCAGUUCAAAGACUGGUGGUGGAAGGUACAGCUUGGGAAAUGCUACUACAGGCUGGGCUUGUACCGUGAAGCUGAAAAACAAUUUAAAUCUGCACUCAAACAGCAGGGAAUGGUUGACUCGUUCCUUUAUCUGGCUAAGGUCUAUUUGCGUUUGGAUCAGCCUGUAACAGCUAUCUGCCUUUUCAAGCAAGGUCUGGAUCAAUUUCCAGGAGAGGUUACCAUGCUCAAUGGAAUAGCCAGGAUUUAUGAGGAAAUGAAUGACAUUACCUCAGCCACUGAGUAUUACAAAGAAGUUCUUAAGCAAGACAAUACCCAUAUAGAAGCCAUAGCUUGCAUUGGCAGCAAUCAUUUUUAUACUGAUCAGCCUGAGAUUGCACUGCGGUUUUACAGACGACUGCUCCAGAUGGGAGUUUAUAACUGUCAGCUCUACAACAACCUGGGUCUUUGCUGUUUUUAUGCCCAGCAGUAUGACAUGACGCUGAGCUCCUUCGAACGAGCACUUCAGUUAGCUGCAAACGAUGAUGAAGUGGCAGAUGUGUGGUAUAACAUGGGACAUGUGGCAGUAGGAAUAGGAGACUCUGUUUUAGCAUACCAGUGUUUUAAACUGGCUCUGUCCAACAACAAUGACCAUGCAGAGGCUUACAAUAACUUGGCAGUCCUAGAACUUCGCAAAGGCAGAGUUGAACAGGCAAAGGCGUUCCUGCAGACUGCUUCAGCUCUGGCAUCUCACAUGUAUGAACCUCAUUAUAACUUAUCUACCCUUUCCGAGAAGAUGGGCGACCUUCAAAGCAGUUAUACUGCUGCUCAGAAAUCAGCAGCUUCAUUCCCAGAACAUGUGGACACGCAGCAGCUCAUUAACCAGCUCAAACAGCACUUUGCUGUGCUCUGAAGAACCAGCUGAAGUCCUGAUUAUUCCACAUGUGGAGUUUUCCGUUCUUUUUUUUUUUUUUAAAUGUUCCUUUUACACAAUACCGAGGGGGACAGUCUGUUCAAGUGAUCCUCAGUUAUCAUACUUUCUACAUUAAUAAACAGAUGAUCUCUGUGCUUAUUACAGAAUGUGUCUGACUUCUCUGUUACACUUUGAUGAAUUAUGUAAAGUUUUGUACGGAUGGAACUUUUAUGUUCCAGAAACCAACAAUAGUUUCAUGAAUACCAAGCUUUAUUUAAUCCACUUAAAUAUAAUUUCAUAGCUCAGGAGGUGAAACACUUGAGUGAUAUUGCAUUGCUUUAUCAAUACAAAAAAAACAUUAACUUGGCACUAACACUAAAGAUUUGUGAAUAUAGAUACAUUGUGUCUUAGAAAAUGUAUUUAGAUAUUUGAGGUACCAAAAAAAUGUAACAUAGUACUAUUAUUUAAACAAAACAAAAAAACUGUAUUUUAAUAAUAAUAAUAAUAAUAAUAAUAAUAAUAAUAAUAAUAAUAAUAAUAUGAUGUUUGUACUCUGGUGUACUGUAUCCCAAUAAAACAAAAUCAUAUUUCAAAAUGUAUUCUCUUCAGUUACCAUAAUUUAUUUACAUGAGAAUAAAACAGACACAGCUGUAAUACUUGACGUAUACAAUUGAACCCAAAUCUGUCCCCUGAGAUUUUUAUGUUUAUUGUUUAGGUUAGCAAAGCAAGUUAUGGAUAUUGUUCUUUUCAUUUAUGAAUGUUCAUUUAAGCACUUUGUGAUGGUGGUCCACUAUGAAAGGCGCUAUAUAAAAUAAAGAUUGAUUCACUUAGCACAAAA